AUGGCAGCCCUGGCCGUGCAGAACUCGGAGGCUAUUUUUUAUUCCUUCUUGCAGGACCGGACCCCCAGCUCAUCCCCAGACGACCCCACUGCCUGGUGUCCCACUUGGGCCUUUUUAGCUGCUCCCUCAGCUCCCCACUGCUCAGCCAGCUCACUGGAAGCCUAUGAGUCUGUGGGGAUGUUCCAGCUCUGGAGCGGCAAUGAGGCACCACCCGGCUCCCACAGCAUGGCUUUUGGCUUGCCUAAGAUGCCAUACCAGAUGGCAUCAAGCGCCAAUGGGGGCCUUGCCCACGAACUGCCGCUGACGCCACCGGCUGAGUCUCCGUACUCCUUUGAGCUGUCGCCCGUCAAGAUGUUGGCCCCCACUGUGCCCUCCUCAUACGCCUUCCAAGAGGCCCACCAGGACUUUACUACUUUUUUACCGGGCCCCAGGCCUCUAGGCCCAGCAGGCCCCGGCUCCACAUCCACUGAGGACGCUCCUUGGUGGAGUAUGCAGCAACCGGGCAACUUCUCUCUCGGCCGGCCACUGGUUCUCGGCCCACAGCCGCCCCUCGCCGCCCUCCUGCAGGGAUCUCCCAAGGGGCUCUUGGGUACGACCCGCCGCUGCCGCCGCUGCAGGUGUCCCAAUUGCCAGGCAGCAAACGGGGCUAACGAGGAGCCGGGCAGGAAGAAACAACAUGUGUGCCACCUGCCAGGUUGUGGCAAGGUCUACGGCAAGACGUCCCACCUGAAGGCCCACCUGCGUUGGCAUGCGGGGGAGCGCCCUUUCAUCUGCUCCUGGCUCUACUGUGGUAAAAGCUUCACCCGCUCCGAUGAGCUGCAGAGACACCUCCGGACGCACACGGGAGAGAAGCGCUUCGGGUGCCAGCUGUGCCCCAAGAGGUUUAUGCGGAGCGACCACUUGGCCAAGCACGUCAAGACCCAUCAGGGGAAGCGGGUGCGCAGCCUGGCGGUGAUGGGCAUCAAGCAGGAGUGA